AUGGAAUCAAAGUUUGGUAUCGUUUCUUCCUCAGAAAAUGAAAAUGGAGUCCAAAUUUCAGACUCCAAUUUGUUGUAUGAGGAAGCUGAGUUGCCUUGGAAAAUGAUCCAAAUUGGUGAAAACAAAGUUAACAUACCAAUCAUUAACUUAGACAUUAUGAAAGGCGGUGAUGAAGCUAUUUUGGCUGUUGUUGCAGAGAUUGUGAGGGAUUCAUGCAUGAAGCAUGGCUUCUUCAUAGUCUCUGAUCACGGCGUGGAUCAAAAUUUGAUAAAUGAUACUUAUCAAGAAUUCGAUAAUAUUUUCAAGCUUCCUUUGUUGAUGAAGGUAGGUUCUAUGAGGUAUCCAUGGGGCUACUUAGGUGGUCACGCAUGGCGUUUUUCUUCCAACUUACCAUGGAAAGAGUCAUUUACUUUCCAAUACAAACAUUACGACGAAUCUAAUUCGCAGAUUGUUGAGUUCUUCAAAUCGGUCUUAGAUGACGAUCAUCAACAAACUGGGUUGGUGUGUCAAAAGUAUUGUGAUGCAAUGAAAAAAUUAUCUGGACUUAUUUUAGAGCUAUUGGCCAUUAGCUUGAGUGUGGAUCCUCUUCAUUAUCAAAACUUUUUCAAAGAUGCUGAGGCAAUGAUGAGAUGUAGUUCUUAUCCUUCUAACAUUGGUGUCAAAGUUGGCACCCUUGGCGUUGGUCCUCAUUGUGAUCCAAGCUCAAUCACCAUUCUUUUCCAAGAUCAAGUUGGGGGUCUAGAAGUUUUGAUUGAUAAAAUAUGGUAUGAAAUUCCCCACAUACCCAAUACCUUUGUCAUAAGUAUUGGUGACACUUUUAAGGUGUUGACUAAUGGGAUAUAUAAGAGUUGUAGUCAUAGAGUAAUGACUAAUAAGGAGAUGGAGAGAAAGACACUAGCCUUCUAUUUAUGUCCAAAAGGAGACAAAGUUCUUAGAGCCCCCAAAAAUAUUUUGGGAAAAGAAGAGCCAAAUAUAUAUCCUGAUUUCACAUUGUCACAGUAUUUUGAGUUUACUCAAAAGCAUCAGUAUAUGGUUGAUCCUGAGACUCUUAUGAAAUUUGUCUCGUGGCUUUGUGCUUCCAGUCCACCCAACAUAUAA